UCCUCCUCCUCCUCCUCCUCCCUCUCCCUACUCCUCUCCUCCUCCUUCAGUCUAUAUGUCCAGUCUGGGAAUGUUGACCAACGUGGCCUGACCGAGCGCUGCAGAGCGUCCCCCUCCAUCUACACCCUGCCUGGACGGUUUUCUGUUGUCCCACGAGGAACGGAACGGACCGGAGCUGAUCUGAUCUGGCUUUAAGGUUCUGCUCUGUACACUGUGUUGUCCAGCCUUAAAAAAAGGUUGUUGAUAGUUUACAGAAGCCAUGGCUGUGGCCGGAUGUCCGGAUUACUUCCUGCAUCAUCCAAAUUAUCAGCAGGACAACAUAGACUGCUCCUCCAAUCACCGACAGGCUGACCUCAUUCGUCCAAGCUUCCAGCAAUCAACCAAUCAAAGUUCUCCAAACCAUCAAGACGAUGACGUUGACUUAGAGGCCCUGGUCAAUGAUAUGAACUCGUCGCUGGAGAGCCUGUACUCCACCUGCAGCGGCCAGCAGACGGAGAUAACCCCGCUACUGCAUAACGGACAGAGCACUUGUUCACAACACCACCACCACCAUCAUCAUCACACGCAACACAACCAACCGCGGCAUCACCACUCCUCUCAGAGCCAAGCCUCUCCAGAGCCUUCAUCCUCCUCCUCUUCCAAUGUGGACCCCCCUCAGACUAAGCUCAGACGCUCCCAGCCCAUGCACAUCCUCGCUGUCAGGAAGUUGCAGGAGGAGGAGCAGUUCAGGACGUCUUCUCUCCCGGCCAUUCCCAACCCUUUCCCCGAGCUCUGCAGCCCCGAGAGCUCCCCAGUCCUCAGUCCUGGGUCACUACCUCCUGGAGAACCUUCUUCAGGCAAACAUAUCGUGAAGAUCUUCAGCGAGGACGGCGUCGGCAAGGUGGUGGAGAUCCCCGCCGACAUGACGGUCAGGGACCUGUGCCAGCUUCUGGUUUACAAAAGCCACUGUGUGGAUGACAACAGUUGGGCACUUGUUGAACACCACCCACUGCUAGGGCUAGAACGUUGUCUAGAAGACCAUGAGCUGGUGGUUCAGGUCCAGGCCUCCAUGAGCAGUGAAAGUAGAUUCCUCUUCAGGAAGAACUAUGCCAAAUACGAAUUCUUCAGAAACCCUCUGACAUUUUUCCCAGAGCACAUGGUUGCAUGGUGCCAGGAAAGCAAUCACACAAUUCCACCAUCUCAACUCCUUCAGACCUUCCUUUCCCCCAGCACCUGCCCAGAAAUCCAGGGUUAUUUGUACAUGAAAGAGGUGGGCAGGAAGUCUUGGAAGAAGCUUUACAUGUUCCUGCGCCGCUCAGGACUCUACUGUUCCACAAAAGGAACCUCAAAGGAGCCAAGACAUUUACAGCUACUUGCAGACCUGGAGGACAGCAGUAUCUUCACCGUCAUCACAGGCAAAAAGCAGCACGGUGCCCCCACAGACUACUCUUUCUGUAUCAAACCUAAUAAAGCCAGAGGAGAAAUGAAGGAGCUGCGGAUGCUGUGCGCGGAGGACGAACAGAGCAGGACCUGUUGGAUGACUGCUUUCCGAAUUUUUAAGUACGGGAUCAUAUUGUACCAGAACUAUAAGGUUCCUCAACAAAGAAAAACCUUGCUUUCACACUUUUCAACUCCCGUGAGGAGCGUAUCGGAAAACUCCCUCGUGGCCAUGGAUUUCUCUGGGAGGAUAGGCCGGGUGAUUGACAACCCAGUGGAAGCUCAGAGUGCUGCCAUGGAGGAGGGACAUGUGUGGCGGAAGAGAAAUCGAGUGAAUGCUUUGGGUUCCCACAGUCCCUUACACCAAUCGUCGCUAAGCUCAGUCAUCCACAUAACUCAGCUGUGGUUCUACGGCAGGAUAACCAGAGAGGAGUCCCAUCGUAUUAUCCACCAGCAGGGACAAGUCGACGGGUUGUUUCUGCUGAGAGUCAGUCAGAGUAACCCAAAGGCCUUUGUACUCACACUGUGCCACCAUCAGAAAAUCAAACAUUUUCAGAUCCUGCCGUGUGAAGAGGACGGCCAGGUUUUCUUCAGCCUUGAUGACGGCGUAACCAAAUUCACAGACCUGAUUCAGCUGGUGGAGUUCUACCAGCUCAACAGAGGGGUCCUGCCUUGUAAACUCAAACACCCGUGCACCGUCGUGGCCUUAUGACACCUUCGGACCAUGUGACUGUCAGCAAACUGACCUGACUCUGCCUGGAACUAACAGACAAAGCAGAGAGGAUCUCUCUCUGUCUCUCCCUAUCUCUCUCUCUCUCUCUGUCGUUUACCUUUACAAGAAGCUGAUGAAUUGACUGAUGUUUUGCUGUCGUGUUUUUUUUUUUUUUUUUUUUUCUAUGGCGAGUCUGCUGGAGGCUGCUGUCUGGCUGGAUUUGUUGUCCUUUAUUUUCUUGGACGUCUUGUGGGAACUGCUGCACGACUUGCACUAUUCCACUAUUCCGCAAAUAAGGAAGAUAAAAGAAAUGAACACUGCCA